AUGUGUUCAGUGAUGCUGGGAGAAGCAGCUGCAGCUAAACUUGACACAAUCCCAGUAUCUGACAACACCAUCCAGCGACGAAUAUCCGACAUGGCUUACGACGUCAAAGAACAGGUGGUGAACAGUGUUCGCAAAAGCCCCAUACACGCCAUUCAACUGGAUGAGUCCACUGACGUUGCACACUGCGCUCAAUUGAUGGUGUACGUCAGGUUUAUUGAAGAGCUAAAUGUGCGCGAGGAUUUUUUGUUUUGCAUUCCCCUCCCUGCCCGCACAACAGCAGAUGAACUUUUCAAGGCUCUGAAUGAUUUUUACCAGGCCGAAGGCCUUGAGUGGAGCCGGUGUUGUUGCAUAUGCACGGAUGGAGCAAGGGCCAUGACCGGCCGUCACAGCGGUCUUGUGAAACAAGUGCAGACCGUUGCCCCGGCCGCUGUCUGGAGACACUGCAUCAUUCAUCGCCAGGCUUUAGCAGCAAAAAAGAUGCCCAAAGAAUUGCGUGCGGUUCUGGAUGAGGCAGUGAAAAUUGUGAACAUAAUUAAAUCACGUGCCUUAAACGCACGCAUGUUUAGAAUCAUGUGCGAUGAAAUGGGCGCUCAAUUCAAGCAAUUGCUCCUGCAUUCCGAGGUGAGGUGGCUCUCUCGGGGUAAAGUCCUCACCAGGCUCUGCGAGUUGCGAGAAGAAGCCUUCCUCUUCCUCACCGAGAUAAACUCCCCACUCGCAAAACAUCUGGAAGACAUGAACUGGCUCGCGCUGUUGGCUUAUCUGUCUGACAUUUUCGAGCGGAUCAACACCCUGAAUACUUCUCUCCAGGGCAAAGAGUGCAAUGUGUAUACGGCACACGACCAAGUGUCUGGCUUCAUGAAGAAGCUGGAUGUGUGGUGUGCCCGUAUUGGAAGGGGCUCUGUUGAAAUGUUCCCGACAUUGGAGGAUACGCUGGAGAAGACAGCGCAGCCGCUCAGCUCUGUGAAACCGGUUAUCAGCGCGCAUCUGAGCGGGCUGCGUGACCAGUUCGGAGAGUAUUUUGGAGAGGAGCCACUGGGAAACCAGUGGGUCCGGAACCCCUUCUCCUUCCCACCCACAGUCCGAGUUGAUCUGAGCAUACACGAGGAGGAGGCUCUUGUCGAGCUCAGCUCAAAUGUGGACUUGAAACAGAGACUGGUGGAAAUGCCGAUUACGCAAUUCUGGUUGAGUAUCGAGAGCGAGUUUCCCCAUGUGUCCGCCAAAGCCAUGAGAGUCCUGAUCCCCUUCACCUCCACUUACCUAUGUGAAUGUGGGUUUUCCGCUCUGACCCUGAUCAAAAACAAAUACCGGUCAAGGCUACAAGUACAGGAUGACUUGAGGCUGUUUCUUUCUUCUGUGCAACCUCGCAUUGAACAGCUGUGCGCAUCAAAGGAGCGCCCGCACUGUUCGCAUUGA